CUAAACAUGAUCAAGCUUGACCCCAAAACCCAACAUUAAAAAAAAAGUAAUAAUACCCACUUGUGUUUGAAGAAUUUUGUGCUUUUUCCACCCACUCCUUUCCCUUCUCUCUCCCAAUAUAUAAAUCUCCAUGGUUUGGCCUCCAUGAUUCCUCACCACUCUUGGCCUUCCUAACCCAAAACAAGAAAUUCCCUCCAUCUCUCUCUAUCUCCCUCCCAACUCAAGCUCAAGGGUAGAAACUAGCAACUAGUGAAACCAUGCAAGAGAAGAUGAAGGUGAAGAAAGGGUGGCUAGCGGUCCAAGUUGGUUUGGAAGAAGAAGAUCGUCGCCAAGGUUAUGAUACAUCAAGAAAAUUCGUGAUCCCAAUCUCUUACCUCUACCAUCCACUCUUCAAAAACCUUCUUGACAAAGCCCAUGAAGUGUUUGGUUACCACGCCGCCGGCCCGCUGAGGCUGCCUUGCUCGGUGGAUGAUUUCCUCCACCUCCGGUGGCAGAUUGAGAGGGAACCCGAUCACCACCACAGCCACAGCCACCGCCACCACAUCCACCGUGGCGGCAGCAGCAGCAGCCACCACCAUCAUCAUCUCCUUCCGACGGCGUUUUCCUUUCACUCUUGUUAACUCGAUUUUCCUUUUUUUUUUUCCUCCCCCGAAUAUAUUUACAUAUAGAGAGACACGUGGUCGUCACUUGGCGUCUCGUUUUUGAGAGGUCGAAAAGGGAAUAAUUUCAUUGCCUUUUGGUGGUCGUUUCAAGCAAUUUCCCCAAUUAGGGGGAUUUUCUUGUUUUACAAGCGAUGUUGGUCGGAGAUUCCAACUUAAUUAGGGUGGGAGAAUUGAUGAAUAUAUGUACAAAAGUUUAGGCCAUUACCCAUUAUGUGCUUCUUUCUUCUUCCCUAUACCUGGUUUUUUUUGUGGGUGUAUGGAUGGAUGGAUGAUUGGUCUCCCCCUUUGGAUUGUGAUUUUGUAAUCUCUGUUCAAGUUAAUUAUGCGUGUGGAUGAGAUCUCUUGUUUAUAUAGUUAACACAAUCGUUAAUCAAGGAAGUUGGAUGUU